AUUAUUGAAAUCUCUCAUCCCUAAUGUAAAAUGGAGAAAACCGGAAGUUUACAAACGUCUUUUGCAGACUGAGGCGGUAUAUUUGACAGGACAAAAACAACAUCAUGAUUUGUUAUUGACCAAAGAACAAAAGACUGCAGCUCUGAUGACAGCAUGUCACAGACCACAUUUCUGGAAUCGGUCGUUACCUGGAAUGAAGAGCAAUGUCAGCAGAAUCUGGAUGAGGCUCUACCGAAGCUUAUUAACUACUGUCAUGAAGCCCAGAUGAUACAGGAACAAGUUGGAAUACUGAAAAUCAUUUGCCAGUCAUUCCUUCCCUGUGUUGAUGUUCUGGAAGCAGAGUGGCGAGUUUACAGCCAGAUAGUUUUACAGAUAUGUGGCACAUUUGAUAAUAUUCUAGAGACUGUAAAGGAUCUAUUGGGACAAGCCAAGCAAGAGUUGACCCGUGUCCAAGAGGAAAUUCUCACUCACCUACAGUUGCUACUUGAAACCGUUGAAUGCUGUGAAACCUUUGUGAGGUUUUCCCAGAGUUCCAAGGUAGCCUUGUCCUGGAGCGAUGUGCACUCACUUCCUGUGGGAACUCUCCAUGUUCUGAAGGGUACAUACAGCCACUGUAAGGAAAGUACAGAUGUAUAUGGAGACUGCCUCACCAGUGUGUCUGACCCACUGUCACUUCUCUUUAGAAAGGCUCACAGUCUACAGGUAGUAUUCCUUAACCUCCUCGACAAGAUCAACGUUGACGCCAACUCCACAGAACAAGAUGCCAACGAUCUCUGUUAUGUGUGCCAUGGCUUGUUUGAGGUGUGCCAGAUUGUCACAGCAUUGGACAUGAAAUUGGUGGUCAAUCUGUGGAAAGCUAUAUCUAGACAUGCUGGACAGAAGAAAGAGAUACUGCGGAACAGACUGGACAUGGAUAAUCUCCUUACCUACUUGUGUGGUGAAAUAAGUACAGGGUACUCCUACCUAUUCCAACUCCUACCUUGCACUGAUAACGAUGGAAUGGCGCUGUCCCAGGGUGAUGAACGUGGGUUCCAGAAGUCUGUGAAGAUCGUGGGCUUUCAGAUGAAGGUCCUUGUGAUGAUGGCACGUGACUAUCUCCAAACCCUGCAUGGGGCCGCAAGUACCAUCUAUAGGCUUAUCCUGCAUCUGUUCAGAUAUAUACGACCAAGUCUGCAUGCGAUGCCUAUCCUAGACUGCCACAGCCAAGAGAUCCACAGACACCUGAUUAAUGCCACCGAGCCACUGUUAGCCACUCUGGUGUAUAGUCGCACAUUCAUGGAGACUUUGACUCAAAACACACAAGCUUUACAUGAAGAGGAGAAAUUUGCACAUCUACAGGUGUUGAUGAGUGUGAUUGAGCACCUCCCCAAAACUACAGAUGAAAUGCAGGAAUGGUGCCUGAUGAAUGCAGAUGAUACUAACAGAGAUGACCUUCUCACCUCAGCCUUUAGGGCAGCUCACCAGUGUUAUAUAGAGAUAUUACUGCCAGUGUACAUGUCGACCCCUAUGUGUGAUGGUCAACCGCAAAGAUGUGUAAGCCUCUAUGAGUUUCUGUGUACACGUUUGUGCGGAAUGGCUGGGACAUACCUUUCUAGCUGUUUCCCAGUACUGGAGAGGGUACUAAUUGAGUGGCUGUUGUCAGGAAGUCCUGUGUGUGCCUCUCUGGCUGCUGAUGUCUGGUGUUUCCUAGUCAGGUAUGGCAGUGCUGAUCUGUGUUACAGUCACAUUCAAGUUCUCAUGGAGCUUUGUCAAACAAUCAAGGGACCAAACUCUGAUUUACACAUAAUUACCUCCCUGGUGUGUAGACUGUCCAAGUUCCUGUCUCCAGAACAUCAGAAUUCCCUGGUGAGGCAGUUUCCACCCUGUGAUGACAUUGCUCUGUGGUGUAAACUCCCUGUGACCAUGUUGCCAGGCGACCAGGUGAGAGAGAUCACAGCCAGUAUGACAGCACUAUGCCAACAGAACAUGGAUAGCUUUAUCAGUGCUGCAGAGGUCACCUGUCAUCACACAGAGUUACUGAUGUGUAGUUUGACCUACCUGACCAGUGCACAGAUUUGUUGUGAGGUUUGGGACCAGUCUAUUCAGCCGAAGGUUCAGUCAGCCCUUGUGGAGCGUGUGAAGACGAUAUGGGAGGGUGUGUUUGUGUCCGACUGGAUGUCAAUCCCCCAGACCCAGGUCUGCCUUGGCAAACUGCUGCAGUACUCAGGGCAGGUGGUGGACCAGUUCACCAACUCAGACCUGCUCAAGGUAAGGACCUCACUGACAAUUCUAAUUCAUUUGAGAUGUAACACAACAUUUGAUUAGUCAAUUAAAAUAAUUUGACAAUAUAACCACGAUAUAUAUUGUCUG